AUGGCUCUCUCAUUACUCAUCAGCUUCGCCACUGCCGUGGGCGCUUCAGAAGGUAUUAAGGCUUCUAUGGCCAAAUCCCGUCGAGAGGAGCACCGGAGUCGGAAAAACAAUCUCAUAGUGCACUGUCCCAAGUCGUCACAGUUCAGUCUUUACCUUGAAGGACGCCAAGUGGUCCUAUCUGGCGAUAGACUAUUUGCCGACACCGGCACAGCUCAUGAUGUCCCUUUCGGUCACCCGUUUGAAGGUUAUUAUCUUCCAUACCCGGACUCACGCUUCUCCGGACUGGUGAGCACCAUUACUCACGAGGCACCCAUCAUGAAUUGGAUAUUCAUUGACCCCGUCACUUAUCAAGUCCGCUUUGGUAACCGUGCCAUGGCCGAUGAUAAUGUGACUGGGCCAUGGGAAUGCACUCGACAAGACCGAAGGCUCACAUUUUGUGGAUGGGAAGGCUUCUGCGCAGUCUUAGAAGAUAGUGGCAUUUGGGGAUUAUAUUUUGACUGUGAUGGUGACGGCUUUCGGCAGAAAGUGGGCUGGGAAAGCCGCAUAGUCAUCGAGAUUGAGCUUAUCCGACGGGAAUUGAGAACCGGAAAGCCGGAAUACAUUAACUCUGAGGAGGAGCCGAAAGGCCAGGAGUAA